UGCAAUAUUACAAUUCCAGGUUGCCAUAGGACAAAAAUAAAACAAUAACACCAUGCUGGUGUGCACGACAUUUGCAUUAAAUUCCAAGUGGAAAAUUACCACACAGAGAAAACAAUGUGCCUAAGUGCUAUUAAAUCUUACAGAAAAAUUAAUUGCUGUCGAAUUUUGGGGAGUGCAGUUGGUGUCGGAAUCGUGCAGAAGACCCUUGCAGCGGUCAGGGUGUUGGAGUGUGGGCAGGCGUGGCAAUGGGCUGGUCCAGGCGCGCUCAACGAUGAAAAACAGCGGGGAUAUACAGCAGGCGGCCGCGGUAUAGGAAGACAUAACGUAAUAACCUAGGGCUAUAAACAUUAGGGUUGCAUUUUAAUUAUAGCAGAUUCUGUUGUUUGGGUUUUAAGUCCUAAGGCAGAGGGUGUGACGCGCAUCCACAAAAGAAAAGCCGCAGAGAAUGCACUGAGCUCUUCCCACUCAUCGUCCUGUGGCACCCCCCUGUGAGCAGUAGAAGAUGAGCACCUCGCCCACCCCUAAGGGCACGCCUGUGCAGUGGAGCCCCAUUGAUGGGGCCCCUAGUGAUAGGGUCCCCGAGGCCCUGGUGUCUCCACAACACUACACACCCGGCUCCUCUGAGCCCCAACACAAGAAACGGGUCUCCAGCCUCCUGCAGAGCCCGUCUUUCCGGGAGGAGCUGGAUGUUCUGAUCCAGGAACAGAUGAAGAAGGGAGGCAGCAGCUCCAACCUCUGGGCUCUGAGGCAGAUAGCUGACUACAUGGCCUCUCAAGGCUCCCCUGCCGCCUUAUCCACCUCCCCCUCCAGUACAGGCAUGAUGAUGGUGACGCCCAUCAAUGACCUGCAUGGCUCGGAGCCCAGCAGCAUGGUGAAGGGAGAGAGGCUGAUGCGCUGUAAACUAGCCAGUGUCCACCGCCUUCUGGACCUCUACGGCUGGGCCCAGCUCAGCCACACCUGCCUCACCCUGCAUGUCAGUAAGGAACAGGAGCACUUCCUAGUUCCGCCCAAUGGCUUGGCCUAUGGUGAAGUCACUGCCUCUAGCCUGGUGAAGGUGAACAUCCUGGGGGAGGUGGUGGAGAGGGGCAGCACCCCCCUGGGGGUAGACCUGGGGUCCUUCAGCCUUCACUCAGCCAUUUACUCCACCCGGCCAGACGUACGCUGUCUGCUGCACCUCCACACCCCCGCCACUACCGCUGUGUCAGCCAUGAAGUGUGGCCUCCUGCCGCUGUCUCAUGAGGCUUUGCUGGUGGGUGAGGUAGCGUACUACGACUACAACAGGCUGAUGGAGGACGAGGAGGACAGAGUGGGGCUCCAGAAGAGCCUGGGGCCCACCUGUAAGGUGCUGGUGCUUCGAAACCAUGGUAUUGUGGCCCUGGGGGAGUCAGUGGAAGAGGCUUUCUACACCAUCUACCACAUCCAGGCUGCCUGUCAGAUCCAGGUGUCAGCAUUGUGCAGCGCUGGAGGGGAGCAGAACCUGAUCAUGCUGGACCGCUCCAUCCACAAACCCAUCGCUGCAGGCACCGUGGGUUGGGCCGGGUCUACCUUCGGCCCCCUAACCAAGAGUCGACUCGGGGAGCACGAGUUUGAGGCUCUCAUGAGGACCCUGGACAACCUGGGUUACCGUACCGGCUACGCCUACCGCUUCCCCGUGCUGCUGGAGCGCUCUCGGACACGGAGAGAGGUGGAGGUACCCGCCACGGUCCACUCCUUCCAGUUUGAGGAGGGGGGGGUGCACCCGUUACCCCGCCAGCACCCCUACGCCCAGCGGCAGCAGCAGGCGAAGACACGCUGGCUCAACACCCCCAACUCCUACCUGAGGGUAAACCAGGACCAAGCCAGCCCCGGACACCAGCACACCACAUGGCUGAAGACAGAGGAGAUGCAACAAGGUAGUGGAGCCAUCAAGAUUGAGAACUCAAAUCAGUUUGUUCCUCUUUUUACCAACCCUCAAGAGGUGCUGGAAACACGAAAUAAGAUCAGGCAGCAGAACCGGCAGGACAUGAAAACAGCAGGACCCCAGUCCCAAGUACUAGCCGGUGUCAUAACUGAUGAUAGUCCACCGUCUCCAGACCCGGCAGAACUUGCAAAACUUGAGCCGGAGACCCCCAACCCAUUUAACCAGCUGACAGACAAGGAGCUGGAGGAGUACCGCAAGGAGGUGCAGAGGAAAGCAGAAGGUCACAGAGAUGUAGGGGAUGAGGUGGAGAACAAGAAGGAGUCUCCCCCAGCCAUCUCCCCCACCAACAACCCUCACCCCUGCAAUCCUCCACCCUCAGAUGAGACUAAGACAGCCUCCACGGCAGUGCAGAAUGGGAAUGGAGAGGAGGAGAAGCAGACCACGGAAGAGCUGGAGAAAGGGAUGAAGGCUUUGUCUACCAACGACAUUUCUACACCCCCAGCUGUGCCACUCGCUAAACUGCCCAGCAACACCCCUGAGGGAUCCCCCUCCAAGUCCCCCUCCAAGAAGAAAAAGAAGUUCAAGGCCCCAUCAUUUCUAAAGAAGAGCAAGAAGAAAGAGCAGAAAGAGAAAGCUGAAACUUGAGGGGACAUGUAAAAUGCUUCUGACACAUACCACUCCAUUUCUAGCCACAUACAUACACAGAGGCAAACACACUCACUCAAGUUUCCUAAAUGUAUGGUUCAGUCCCUCUCAUCACGUCUUUGUGCCCACCCGCUUCUAUCUAUACUAUCAAACAAUUUGUUAAAACAUUACUUGUUUUUGUGCAUAGGAUUUAGAAGUAAUUCUAAUUCUAUGUUUUUUUUGCAAUAUUGUUUCUCUACAACUCACAAAUGAUCAUUAAACAAUCCACAACAAUGCAAAAUGAAAUAGAAUCAACAACACUCCAACUGAAUUAUGCACCCCUUAUUUAUGAUGAGAAGUAAUGCACUUGACACGUAUAUGCAUAUAAACCAAUGUUGCAUUGAAGCAUCCUUAUAGGCACCCCCUGGUCUUGUCAUAUUUAUUUGUUUUUAAUAGUCAGAUGAAAGUCACAGGUAUGUACAGUAAUGCGAGCACAGGUGCAGUAUAUGUAGAAUUAUGCAGGUAUAAUAAUGUGCUCUUUUUGGCAGAAGUCUUGUUCCAUUUAAAUAAACUAUUCAAGUCAUAGACAGCAGGGGGAAAAAGAAAAUAAAUAUUUACAAAAUGUAAUUCCCAACAUUAACCUGAAAGCUAUAAAUGCCACUAAUACCAAGCAAGGAUAUGAUAUACGCAUUAUGGAAUAAACUUGUUGCUUGAUGUUGCAAACUGAAGCCCAACUAAAACGCACUAAACAUUCCACUUAUCCCCAAAAUUGUAUUUGAAAUAUGUGUACAAAAUACGUCUUUACAGCUGUAAUUAUUUUUAUGAUCAGUAUCUGUUAUCUAAAUGCUGAUGUGUGAUAUCUUUUUUAAUGUAUUAUUUUCAUUAUCCACAUAUUAGAAUGUAAAGUGAAAAGUUCCAAGGUUAAAAUGUACCAGUCAUUAAAUAUUAAGUUGAUUUCAA